CAGGAGCGCGUCCCGGCGCCGCCUCGGGCUCCGCUCGGCUCGGGGUUUCUCCGGGAGGAGAGCGAGGCGAGGCGCGGCGAGCCGCCGGCCCCGCCGGGCGCAUGGCUUAGGGACGCCCCCGCCCGCCGCGCCCCCAGCAUGGGGAAACUUCACUCUAAGCCGGCCGCCGUGUGCAAGCGCAGGGAGAGCCCGGAAGGUGACAGCUUCGCCGUGAGCGCCGCCUGGGCUCGGAAAGGCAUCGAGGAGUGGAUCGGCAGGCAGCGCUGCCCCGGCGGCAGUUCUGGGCCCAGACAGCUGCGGGCGGCGGGCACCGUUGGCAGAGGAACCCGGGAGCUCGUGGGCGAAAUUUUCAGAGAAACGCUCAGUGAGGAGGAAGAGGAAGACUUUCGGCUAGAAGUGGCCCUGCCUCCCGAGAAGACAGACGGGCUGGCCAGCGGAGACGAGAAGAGGAGGGAGAAGACGAGUGAAUCUUGCCCGGGCUCCAAGAAGCAGCUGAAAUUUGAUGAGCUACAAUGUGACGUGUCUGUGGAAGAGGACAGCCGCCAGGAGUGGACCUUCACCCUGUACGACUUUGACAAUAAUGGCAAGGUCACCCGUGAGGACAUCACCAGCCUGCUGCACACCAUCUACGAGGUGGUUGACUCCUCCGUCAACCACUCCCCGACGUCGAGCAAGACCUUGCGGGUGAAGCUCACCGUGGCCCCCGACGGAAGCCAGGGCAAGAAGGGCAUCCUUCUCAAUCACCCUGACCUGCAGAGCACGAGGCCCAGAGCGGAGACCAAGCCCGCCGAGGAGCUGCGCAGCUGGGAGAAGAGGCAGCGAGCCCCGCUCAGGUUCCAGGGGGACAGCCGUCUGGAGCAGUCUGGUUGCGACCACCAUUGCGUGGAUGAGAACAUAGAGAGGAGAAACCACUACUUAGAUCUCGCCGGGAUAGAGAACUACGCGUCCCAGUUUGGGCCUGGCUCCCCAUCGGUGGCCCAGAAGUCAGAGCUGCCCCCCCGCACCUCCAACCCGACUCGGUCUCGCUCCCAUGAGCCAGAAGCCAUCCACGUCACACACCGAAAGCCCCAAGGCGCAGACCCGGGCUCCUUCCACUUCCUUGACACCCCAUUCGCCAAAGUCUCGGAGGUCCAGCAGCGGCUCCGGGGCACGCAGGACGGGAGCAAGCACUUUGUGAGGUCUCCCAAGGCCCAGGGCAAGAGCACGGGCUUGGGCCACGUGGCCCGAGGGGCAAGAAGCAAACCCCCUCUGGGUCCCGCCAUCCCAGCGGUGUCUCCAGCCGCCCAGCUGGCCGCCAGCCCGGCCCUCCUCCCCACUCUGGCACCCCUCGGGCACAAGAAGCACAAGCACCGAGCUAAGGAGAGCCAGCAGGGGUGCCGGGGUCCGCAGGUGCCGCUGGCCGUGGGCGGCAGUGUCAUGGGGCGGGACCGCAUGAGGGACCUGCCUGCUGUGGUGGUAUAUGAGAGCCCGGCCGGCCAGGCGGUGCAGAGACACGAACACCACCACCACCACGAACACCACCACCACUACCACCACUUUUACCAGACAUAGACCCCUCCCUGGAAACCCCCACCCCUGCCAUAUGAAGGACCCCCCUCCCCCGCCCCCCCAGGCAUUAUUAUUCUAUUAAUUAUUGUUAUUAUGAUGAUUAUUGUUAUUAAUAAUUAUUGUUACUCCACUAAUAUUCAGCUAGCCUCCAUGUAGAAGAUCUAUGGAAACACAGAACUAAACUUUUAUUUAUAUGUUGUGAGGACUGUGUAACUUACCCAAGAAAUGACUCUGGGUCUGGAAGUGGCUGGUGGAUGCUUGCUCGGGCUCCGGAGCUGCGGUUUCCAUGCAGGCUGGUCCACACCCUCCCCAGCUCUGGGGGAGCCCCCUGCCAGAACUGUGCCCCACCCCGGUCUCUUCCGGGAGAGCGCCCUUACCUGGCCUGCUUCCAGAGACCCUCAAAAUCUCCGAGAAGAUAAACAGCUGCUACCUCUUAGUAUUAUUUCUGAUUUUAUUUUGCCCUUACCUGAUUGUAACAUGCUACAAGGGAUUUCAGCGGACUGCAGAUGCGUGACCCUCCUGGCUGUUGUGUUAUUUUUACGUCCCAACCUAGGAGCCCUAGCUGUCCUUUCUGGAGUGUUCUCAUUCACGCUUUUCGAGUGGGAUCACGUCCUUGCCCAAACCAGUCCCAUCUUCCCUGCCUUGCGCAACGGGAAAAGACUUCUCGUCCUCCCUGCCCCUUUUCUCUCUUCUCUAGAAAGAUGCGCACACGUGGUUAAGGACUGCCCCCAAACCAGCCGUCUCAUUUUGGAAACCUCUGGAGAGGCGCCCCAACCACACACACAAUGGUGGUUUUCCAAGAUCUGUGUGUUGUCGGUUGUGGCGGAAGGUGUGGAGACCUCGAGUUCUACCGUUGGCAAAUACACACGUACCUACACGGUUCUCUUAUGGAGCCUCCUGUAUCUAUAGCCAGGCGCCAUCUGUCCAUUUCUAUGUAUCUUUUGAUAAAUAUACACUCUCAGGUACCUGCUCUGGUGUGCAGAAAUCGGUGGCUGGCUUCUCUAGACAUUUCCUGAGCCCGGAUGUGACCCUGCGGGCCUCCUAUUUGGGCCACUCUCCAUCAGAUGCGAAUGAUCACCUGCCUCUCCUUGGCAGGUCCUUUUUUGAGGUUUGGGGUCUGACAGAUUGAGAGAGGACUGCUGGAGGCUGGAAGCGUGGAGGGACAUGAGGACGGUGGCCAGAGCUGGGACCCUGGAGUAGUGUCCUCCACAGAGCAGGAUUUUAUCUGAUGAGGGCCUGGGGAGACUAGGAGAAGGAUCACUGUCAACUAGUCAGGGUCCCAGGAUAAACCGAUGACACACACUCAAACUGGGUAAUUUGAGGGAAUAUUUACAAAGUGUGGGUGAUCCAGGGCUAGUGAUGUGUGGUGUCACUCCUGCCCCUGCAGUGGAGGGGAUGGGGGUUCACCCUCAGCAGCAGAGGGGUGGGGCUAGGGGAGCCACCUGAAAGAGUCGGGAGGGACCUUCACUCAGAUGCAGGCACCCUGUGGGGACCCUGCAGGGAAAUAUGAUAACCUGGCUUCACUCCUUCCUGCCCUGCAUCCUGUUGAGACUCCACUGGCUGGGGCCACAGGGCCGGGGAGUUAUUGCUGAGGGUCACAUGGACAUCCUUUCAGGGCUGACAGUGAGUGGAGGGACAAGAAGGAGUGGCCAGCUGCCUGCCUUUCUGCUGCUUGGUCCCCAGCUGGCACCCCGUCUUGCUGAGCCUCUGGUUUUGGUUUGUUGGUUUCGAUAGUGAGCUCAGGGAGCACAUCAGGCUCAGAGAGGUUAAUUAACUUGCUUGAGAUCACACAGCAGGUGGCAGAGCUGGGAUCCUAGUAUCCCCUGUGAUCCCUUUAAGCACUGGAGCGCUUAACCACUGGGUCAGGGCUUCCCUUGUUUUGAGUUGUAGUUUCUAUUAGUCAGCAUCCAGCAUGAUGGGAACAUAACCAAAGCAGGGCAGGCAGGCAGGGAGUUGGCUUUGAGAGGAGAGAAGCCAGGGUGUGAAUGAAGCCCUCCCUCUCGGGAUUUAUGCAUCCACCACUUUGUCAUGAUGAGGGGGCUGGGGCCCUCUGAGCCCCAUUACCGCAUGGAAAAGGAUCUGCCAGCAGAAGCCCAGAGCAGUAUUCUGAUUGGCUGGGCUUAGAGCCGGAACCGAUUCCUGGGCCAAUCACCGUGGCCCACCGGGGUCACAUGUCCAACCCGCGGGAAAGGGGGUGGAGUCUGCGCCGGAAGGCAGGAGAGGAAGGAUGCUGAGCCGGCAGAGCUAAUGGGGCCGGAGGAUCAGAAGUUGUGUCCCUACAGGGAGUCUCUCUGCGGUGGCUUUAGAGCAUUUCCUCAGCCUCUGAGAAGAGGUCCCAUUCCAUCUCUCCCAGCCCCAUGCCUGUCAGGAUUCUGUUAUUUCUCAGUAACUGGGAUUUAUUUAAAAUAUUAUUUUGAAAAACCGUGACAUGUGCAAUGUUAAAGAUUCAAAUAGUACAAAACGUUGUUCGGUGAAAAGUACACUUCCCUCCAGCAUCCCUGACUCUUACCUUCCUGGGCAGUCGGAAGCCUAGUGGUGGUGAGCAUAGACGUUGGGGCCAGGCUGCCUGGGUUCAAGUUCUGACUUCUUAGCGCUGUGUUCCAAGUCAUACACCGUACUUCUCAAGCCUUAGUUUCCUCUCUAUAAACCUCAGUUUCCUCUUUAUAAAGAGGGAUUAUAAGAGAUCUACCCCACAGAAUUGUUGGGAGAUUCAGUGAGUUAACCUAUGCCCAGCCCAUAGGAGCAUUAUGAAAAUGUUAGCUGCCAUUAUUUACAAGAAUAAAUGCAUUUAUAGACGAUAUCUCUUCACUUAA